UGAGUUCUCACAAGCUAUCUUUAGCUUCAUUUCAAGACAGAUUCAGGAAUAGUAGAAUUAGACAAUACUUUUCUCAGCAGCCAGUAAAGCAUCCUUCUACAAUAAAACCGAUUAUUCAGAAUCAGAAUUCAAACGGAGAUUUGGAAUUAGUCUUAAGCUCGAGCCAAAGCUACAAGUCAAAUCUUUCUUCGCUCAGAUGAAUCAAUGAAAGGCCUAAAGUAAUUCAACCCCUUACCAAGAACAACCCAAGGCUAACCAGGAUGUCUUCAGUGCAAGCUUCGAUUUCAAAGACUCCUGAAUCUUUGGCAAAAUAAUUUAAAUGUGCAUCCUCAAUAUAAUAUCUUAAAGUUCUCGAUUGGAAAAGUCAGCAAAAAGGUAACACAAAAUUAUUUCAAGAGAUAACACUGAUAGAACAUAUGAUAUUUCCCGAUGCUGAAUAAAUAAUCUUUCACCAAAAGCAGUGCUCUCUGCUGCAGGAGAGUUCAUGGCGGUCAAGCCAGGUAUUGACCAUGAGAAGGACCCGAGAGAUAGCAGAAAGAAAUCAGAGCAUAGCCUAAAAGUUAUGAGGAAACUUCACAGAUCUUUGACUAAAGAUAAUCCAGACCUCACAUCGCUUAAAUAAGAGCCAGGCUGGAAAUAAUCUUAAGAAAAGAGUAUGUUUUAAGAGAGAAAAGCCUAGAAAACAGGUUCUCAAAUAUUUUUAAAAACCAGAAGCUGCAGACUAAUGAAGAAAACUUUAAUUCAAGCUUUUAUCAGAAUGAGGCUAAAUCUUCCAUCGAAUCAGCUCUUUUUGACCCAGAAAUUCAAUUUUCGAUUAAGAAAAGGAAAAAGUAUCAGAAAAUAGACAAAAUUAGGGAAAAGAUUAACUUCAGCAUAGUAACAUCAAGUGACACUAAAAGAAGAGAGCCUGUUUUGAACCUUCCACCAAACGCUUGAAAUCAGAAAGAAGGAUGUUAUGCUUCACAAAUAAAUAUUGUGACAAAUGAUCCUGUCAGAAAGUUUUCACGUCCAGACUUUACCUGGAAGGAUUUUUCACCAACGACCUAAGCUAAAACGACACAACACUAAAACCAAAGCUAAAAAUCCAUCCCUUCACAAUUUCCUCACAAAAAGCCCUCCUAAACCCCCACUUCCCCAACCCACUCUUUCAAAUCUAGUAAACCCCAAGCGAAACAAGACAUUCAAAAUCCUUAAAAAUUUCAUGAGUCAACCUAAACAGCCAACCUCUUGCCUGAACCAGAAGAGUUUCAAAUAAGCCAACUCUAAGAGCUAAGGGGCUUAGGAUGGUCCCAGAUACUCAAGGGUCAGGGAACAACCAAUCUGUGAGGCAUUAAGAACAGAAGGGUGUUAAUGUAGGGAUAAAGUAAAACCUAAGAAUUAAUUAAGAGGAAAAUUAGAAAUAUUUUUUAGGAUUCAUGUAUAAAACAACCGCGGAAAUCAAGUUUUCCUAUUUCAUAGAUCCAUUAACAUUCUGCUUAAAAGAGAAAUCUAAUAAGGUUUAGUUGAAAGGACUAUUUUGGGAUUCAACCCUUAGGAACCGACAGAAAUUUAGGUCUUAAAUUUUAGGUAGAUUAAAAUCCCAAAGGGAGUCAGCUGCUAUUUUCAUCAGCCAUUUAUAAUCCUAAUUCUUGUUUUCUUUCUCUUGUAGGAAUUAAUCCUAAAUUUUUGACUGGAGGUGAUGCUGAAGAUAGGUUCCAAAUAUUUUUAGAGGAAAAUAAUAAAGACAUUUGAAGUAUUGUAUGCUCCGGAGAGCAGAGCUUAAGGAAAGGAGUCUGCUACUGAUAAGGUGUAGCCUUAAUUACUAUUUUAGGCAAUAAAAAUGUAUAUGCUAUUUGUAUUAGGAAAAUAUAAGAGAGACUUGAAAGCUAUUUUAGAGUCAAUAUUGAUGGUAGAUAGUGCAAUGGGAGUGAUGAAGCAGAGUAAAGAGGCUUGGAGUUGGUUAACGGAGAGGAUUUUAAGUGAAUUUAUGAGAUUUUCUAGCUCAGAAAGCUUUGUUAAUUGUUUUUAGAUUUAGAUUUAGAUCUAAGCUCAUCUCUUAAAGAGAGAUAUAGCUAAUUUUCUUAAAUUUAGUAUAAAUGAAAGGCUCCAAGUUGUGGAUCAGAUGACACUCUGCUUUUAAAACCUUAAA